CAGUUGAGCUUCCGGUAUCGCGAGAAAGCCCGAGAAUAUGGAAACAAGACAACAAAAAUAAAUUUGUGGACAACAAGCCAGAGUGCAUGAUGGCGGCGUCGCUGCUACGCCGGGACAAGAGAGCUACUGCCGCCCACUUGAAGGAAGACUUAAACAGGACUGACAACAGCUCGGGACUCCGACAACUUCAGGACCUGCUCGACGCCGUGCUAAAUCCCGAAAAACCAGCUGCGGACACAGAAGCCCUGGACUGGUGUAAAUGUCUGAUCGCGGGAGGCGAAGGUUUCGAGGAGUUCUGUAAAACCGUCCGCUCCUAUGACAACGCGACUCUGUGCGGACUGGUUUGGACGGCUAAUUUCGUGGCAUACCGAUGUCGGACCUGCGGCAUUUCUCCGUGCAUGUCACUGUGUGCUGAGUGUUUUAAUAAUGGAGACCAUACGGGCCAUGAUUUCAACAUGUUCAGGAGUCAGGCUGGUGGGGCCUGUGACUGUGGAGACAGUAAUGUCAUGCGAGACAGUGGGUUUUGCAGACGGCAUAGGUUAAGAACCGGGGAAAAUGUUCCCUCCAUACCCCGAGAUCUUCUCCUGAUGUCCGAGAUGGUUCUGCCUCGCUUCAUCCUGUGCAUCAUUCAGUAUCUGAGAGAUGGAUACAUUGAACCAGACACGUCAGCGGAGAGGGAUCUCCAGAAGGUUCUUCAGCAGCUGGAGCCUCAGAUCACGUUUUUGGAGGAGCUCACAAAGAUGGGAGGAGCAAUGAGGACAGUACUGACAAAGAUCUUGACCAAUCAGCAAACGUACAAGGAGCUCAGCAUGGGCAAAGAAGACAACUUGUAUGCUAAAAAGAACUACGACAAAUAUUUGUCAGCACUGAAGAAUUCAGAUCUGGUGUCUGUGGAGGAGAAAAACCAAAGUGCUGCUGCUGACAUUGCUGUUGGUGCUGAAGGAGGUGCCGGGGCAAUGGUCCUGCUGGGAACCACUGCACCAGGAAGCCCAGAUGAGUCUGCUAAGGAGGAGGAUCAAGAUGGAGGCCAAUCUGUUGGCCAGAGGAAGAGGGUUAAACUUAGCAGCAGUACCAAAGAUCCAUACAUUAUUGAUUCACUAAAGCACAAAUGCUUUCUGGAAGAGUUGCUAUUUUGGACAAUAAAAUUUGAAUUUCCACAGAAAAUGGUCACGUUCUUGUUGAACAUGUUGCCAGAUCAAGAUUACAAGAUCACAUUCACAAAGACGUUCGUUCAGCAUUACGCCUUCAUCAUGAAAACCCUGAUGAAGAGCCACGAGUCGGACACGAUGUCCAACCGCAUCGUGCACAUUAGCGUGCAGCUGUUCAGCAACGAGGAGCUGGCCCGACACAUGACAGAGGAGUGCCAGCUGCUGGACAUCAUGGUCACGGUGCUCCUCUACAUGAUGGAAAGUUGCCUUAUCAAAAGUGAACUUCAGGACGAAGAGAACAAUCGCCAUGUUGUGGUAAACUGCAGUGAAGCACUAUUAAAGAACAACACUUACUGGCCCCUAGUUAGUGACUUUAUCAACAUCCUCUCACACCAAAGUGUAGCGAAAAAGUUCCUGGAAGACCAUUCCUUGUUGAUGCUCUGGAUGAGCUUUGUUUCAUUUUUUCAAGGUAUGAACCUGAAUAAGCGGGAACUGAACGAGCACGUGGAGUUUGAGUCUCAGACAUACUAUGCAGCAUUUGCAGCAGAACUCGAGGCCUGUGCACAGCCAUUGUGGGGUCUCUUGACACACUGCAAAGUCAAAGAGACCCAGGAAUAUACAAAAACUGUUGUUCGCUAUUGUUUGGAAACACUGCAGAUCUGGUUUGAUGCCAUUGGCUUCAUUGAUGAGCCUGCUCCGAAUCAAGUGACGUUUCACCUGCCGCUCCACCGCUACUACGCCAUGUUCCUCAGCAGGGCUGUGAAAUGUCAAGGGUUGGAUUUGGACAGCCUCCUGCCUGACCAGGAAAUGCUGAUGAAGAUUAUGGUGCAUCCACUCCAAAUUCAGGCGUGCCUGUCUGAGAUCCACAGCAACAUGUGGGUCAGGAAUGGUCUGCAGAUUAAAGGACAAGCUAUGACUUAUGUGCAGUCACACUUCUGCAACUCCAUGAUAGACCCAGACAUCUAUCUCCUUCAGGUUUGUGCAUCAAGACUGGAUCCUGACUACUUCAUUUCAAGUGUUUUUGAGAGAUUUAAAGUGGUCGACCUCUUGACGAUGGCUUCUCAGCACCAGAAUGCCGUGUUAGAUUCUGAGCAGGAGAGGCCGAUGCUGGAAGGAGCGUUGACGUUUCUGGUCAUACUGACGAGCCUUCGCAUUCAUCUGGGAAUGACGGAUGAUGAGAUUCUUCGGUCCGAGAUGGUCUCCCAGCUGUGCAUGAACGACCGAACCCACAGUGCACUGUUAGAUCUUAUUCCAGAAAAUCCCAACCCAAAGAGCGGCAUUGUUCCAGGUAGCUGCAGUUUUGAGGACGUGCUCUCUGCUGUGGCUGAUUUCAAAGCGCCUGUGUUUGAGCCCGGAGGCUCCAUGCAGCAGGGCAUGUACACACCUAAAGCUGAGGUGUGGGAGAAGGAGUUUGACACCAUCAUGGUCGUCCUCAGAACAGUCUAUCGCCGUGAUGUUCAGUCAGCAAUGGACAGAUACUCAGCAUUUUUGAAACAGUAUGGCAUCCAUACUGGAAACCCAUGGCCACCUUACAAAGAGAGGACUCCUCUGCAUCCUUGUUACAAAGGUUUAACCCGACUGUUGCAUUGCAAAACCCUGCACAUUGUGAUAUUCACUCUACUUUACAAGAUAUGGAUGGAUCACCAGAACAUGUCUGAACAUGUGCUGUGCAUGGUCCUCUACCUGAUUGAGCUUGGCUUGGACAACCAGGUUCAAGACAACAAAGAGGAUGAGGAGCCCUGCAUUGAGGAGCACUGCCAUGACAGCUGGUUCCCGGGCACCAAUCUGCUUUCCAAUCUGCACCACGUCAUCAACUUCGUAAGGGUCCGGGUUCCUGAGACGGCGCCCGAAGUGAAGAGGGAGACCCCUCCCAGCACGAGCGCUGAAGCUUCUUCUUAUGGCCAGAACUCCAGGCGUCUCUCAGGAAAUUGGAGAGAGAACCUACGAGAAGCUCAGGUGUUCAGCCUGGUGGCGGAGCGCAGGAGAAAGUUCCAGGAAAUAAUCAACAGAAGCAACACGGAAGCAGCUCAGGUCGUCAGGCCCAAGAGCUCCUCGACCCGCUGGGUCUCACCAGGCACGCCCCCCCAGCUGGUGACCGAGAUCCUGGAGAUCCGAGAGAGCAUGCUUUCCCUCCUCGUCAAGCUGCACCAGAAGAUGUCGUCCAAGCAGAACUCCCUGUCGGCCUCUUGGCUGGAGGACCCAGACACAAGCCAUCACGCUCACGGAGACGGCAUUACAGCCAUCGAGCGGAUCCUCACCAAGGCGGCCGCACGCAGCUGCCAAAUCAAGCGUAACAUCCAGGACAUUUGUGGAAAGGUGUGUCCUCCAGUGCCGCCAAAGAAGAACAGUCCGUCUGACAAGAAAGCCAUGGACAAAGAGGAAAGGCGUCAGCGGGCCCGAGAGAGGCAGCAGAAACUUUUAGCUGAGUUUGCUUCAAGGCAGAAGAGUUUCAUGGAAACGGCCAUGGAUGUUGAAUCUCCUGAAAAUGAGGCGGCAAUGGAUUUGGGGUCAUCGGAAGUGAUGGAGUCUGAGGUUCUGUACGACUGUGUGAUCUGCGGACAGAGCGGGCCGUCCACCGAGGACCGGCCAACUGGAUUAGUGGUUCUACUCCAAGCAUCCUCAGUUCUUGGGCACCGACGCAAAAGCAAACAACCCAAGCAGCUACCAACGAGCGACGAGGAGCACAUAUAUCUUGCAGACACAUGCGGCGUGGCUCAUGAUGUCAGGCUCACGCUGAUGCAACAGUUCUUCAAAGAUAGUUCUUGUUUGCAGUCUGUGUCAAUAGGCUGGGAUGGAGGAGUCUAUGUCCAGACCUGCGGACACACUCUGCAUAUAGAUUGCCAUAAGUCCUACAUGGAGUCUCUGAGGAAUGACCAGGUCCUCCAGGGUUUCUCUGUUGAUAAGGGUGAAUUUACCUGCCCACUGUGCCGGCAGUUUGCCAAUAGUGUCCUCCCGUGCCGCCCUGGGCGUGGCACAGAUUCGAGUGGAUGGCACACACCCACGAACAAAGCGACAUGCAUUCUGGUGAAGGAGGUGGAGGACCUGCAGGAAAAACUCGGCCUUUUUCCAACGGAGUCCAACUUGAGUAAAGAAAUGGAAUUGGUAAUCAAAGACAUCAAGAACACCACCCAGAAAAAAUACAUGGACUAUGGCAAAAAUCCUGGCUCCCCAGAUAAUGAUUUCCUCUUCAUGUACUCGGUGGCAAGGACAAACCUGGAGCUGGAGCUCGUGCAUCGGGGAGGAAACCUGUGCUCCGGAGGAGCCAGCGCUGCUGCCAAGCGCUCAUGUCUAAAUCAGCUGUUCCACGUGUUGGCCAUGCACAUGAGACUCUACAGCAUCGAUUCAGCGUACAACCCGUGGACGAAGCUGACGCAGAUUGCACAACACAAGGACGCAGAUGGCUUUGAUGAGGAGAGACCUGAGGUCCCCAUGCUGUUUAGAGAUGUCCCAUCCCUCCUCAUCAUCUUUGUGCUAACUAUGCCACAGCCUCUGCGUAAAGAGCACUUUACCUGCGUGAUCAAGAUGCUGUACAACCUGCAGUUCACUCAGGCUUUAGCUGCACUGUCAACCAAGCUGAGCUCCGAAGAAAGGCAAGCCUGGGUCAAAUCAGGAGCACUUAAGAAGGUAAAUGUUAAACCACACGACCUUGAUCUGAGAGGCCACGUGCUCAGUAUAGGUUGUUUUAUCAUCCAGUCUUUUUUUUUUUUUCUCGCUCACUUGUCGUUUUCUUGUCUGCCUCAGGAGGAAGAGGAGUUUUCUUCUUUGGCUGUGUGUUUAGGGCUGCUGUCGUCAGCUCCUCAGCCUCCCAGCGCCGUACACAGUGCCUCAUGUCUGGAGUGGCCCUUUAACGCCUUUGACCUGGUGACGCAGUGGUGCGAUGAGGUCACAGGGCGAUCUCUGAUGCAUCCUGAGCAAUCACUAAGCUUGCUGGUCCAAGAACCUCAGUGGGCAGCGCCUCGCCUUCUUCAGCUACCAGACAACUACAACAUCAUCUUCCAGUACUAUCACAGAAAGGCCUGCACUGUCUGCAAAAAGGUGCCAAAAGACCCUGCGCUCUGCCUCGUUUGUGGCUCUUUCGUCUGUCUCAAAGGCGUCUGCUGUAAACAGCAGGGUACCUGUGAAUGUGUUUUGCACUCCCAACAUUGUGGCGCAGCGACAGGCAUCUUUCUGCUGAUAAACGCCUCAGUCAUCAUCAUCAUCCGUGGACAUCGCUUCUGUCUGUGGGGCUCCGUUUACCUUGACGCUCAUGGGGAAGAAGAUCGAGAUUUACGCCGUGGAAAGCCUCUGUUCCUGUGUGAAGAGAGGUAUCGAGUUCUGGAGCAACAGUGGGUUUCCCACACCUUCGAUCACAUCAAUAAACGCUGGGGGCCACACUAUAAUGGACUCUAAGAUCUUCCAAAGUCCUCUUACAAACACAUACAAACCCAAGAUAGAGAUGUUUUUUAUUAUUAUUAUUAUUAUUAUUAUCAUUGUUAUUAUGAUUUCCUGGCUUGUGUCUGCCUUGAUUAAAAUAUUUGGAAAAUCCUUAAAAUGAUAAAAACAAACAUCCAGUAAGGUUAUCGCUGCCACAGCUUUCAGUUUAUGUGAAGUUUGGUGUACAGUCAUGCCUAAAAGACUAACACGUGUGUGUGUGUGUGUGUGCGUGCGUGUGUGUGUGUGUGUGUGUGCUCAAGUGAUCUAUUGUGUGGUUUUCAACAGGAAAAAGGAAAAAAAUCUGAAUCUCGGCUCAAAGUAGUGGGAAUAAGUUCACCCAGGUUAUCUGGAGCAGGCUUUAAAAGUCUGUCCUGUUUGGGUUUGAAACGUCACAGAUCAGGCAGAUGUGGAUUUAGAAAACAUAAUAUCAGGGUUGCUGAAUGUCCCUAACGGAGUCGAUAUGUUUUUUUUGCACCAUUUUCGAUGAAGAAAACACAUAUCCCUUAUAUUUAUCGCGGCGCUCGCUGCUGUUCAGCCAUGGGUUUUCUGAGCUCCGGAUGAGUGAAACAACGUUUUCUGCAGGCUGCACUCGUCGUCUGCUCACGUGCGAUGGUAGGCAAGACCAAGUCCACUCAUCAAUACACAAAGAGUUUUCUUUUGCGAACAAGAAAGGACUCUUUCUGGGUCUAGUUGCAAUCCAUCCUCAGGAAUUAUUAUGUUUCCUUUUUUGUUGUUUUUGCUGUUUAAAAUAUGUUUUAGAUAUUUAAAUAAAUGCUGCUGCUCAUUGUUCAAUUAAUGUUAACUUUUGUGAAGAUUUUUUUGUUUUUUUGUAAGGUUGUGCUUUGAGUUUACAGUUAGUGGCUGGGAAUGUGGAUUCAAACUCACUUUAAAGUUUAAGGAGGUAUGCGGUCGCCACAUUGCACCCACUCCAGGUGACAUUAACCUGCCUUUUUAGAGUUUUUAUUUCUUUCUUUUUUUUUUUGUUUGUUUGGAUGUAAUGGAGAAAAAAAAAAAAAAACUCAAAUGAGUCCAGCUUCAUAAAUAUCACCGCUCAGGCACCGAGUCCUGCUGCGUCACGUCUGAACAAAAAUAUCAAACUUUGUAGGAGUUUCCUCUCAACCUCUUAAAUCUCGGCUAAGCGGACGUUUGCUUGCCGAGAAGCCAGAACUCCUAAUUGAUCUUCCUGUGCUGUUUGAAAGGCUUUUCUCCCUUUAUGCAUUUUAAUCAAGUUCAUAUCUUCAGUACAGAGCAAUUCAUUAUGACUAUCUCUUACUCGUGCAUCAUCUAGCUGUGAUUUGUAGUUGCAUUUUGACAUUGGAGGAUCGUCGGAGUUGGUGUCCAUUAUAUCACUGUGCAUGGCAUCCUUUAAGCAACCAUUGUUUGUCUGAGCUACCCAGUUUUCUGACUAUCACCUUGCUUUCUAGAAGGGUGGAAAUUUGGCUCAGUCACGCCUGCGAAGCUUCGGUUUACGGCCGCCUGGGAUGCUGGGCCACGUUGUGCUGCGAUGUGGGGGGGAAACGGAGCACACAUGGGAACUUCCUUCUGAAUUUCUGCAUGCUGAUUUUUCCCCCAGGUUUCAUCCUUUUCUUUCUUUAUUUUCGCUGUACCCACUUUGUAAAUGACCGCAACCAAAUAGCCAAUGAGUAACAGGUGUAAAGUUGUAACUGAAAGCUUCUGUGUGUUUUCCUGUGUGAAUGAAGAGGAAUACAGUACAUUACUGUAGGUGCUGACUCAAACUUUCUGAGUUUGACCAGGAAGUAUGACUUGGGACAUUUAAUGCAAAAUGUAACAUAUGUGAAUAAAAUAUAAGCACACAUUGA